CCGCCGUUAAACUCCAUCGAAGAAGAAGACACUUUCCCUUCAUCGGAUCAUUGUUUACAUCAAACGGAGAGUUAUAGAGUAUGAACCCUUGGACAUACAGGUACCUCCAGCGCUCCCUCCUGCCUCACAUUCGGCCCCUGUCCCUGGUGAUCUACCCCAGGCCCUCUUGUAUCCACUCCAGGCUUCUGAACUUGCCCCAGUGGGGUGAAGACCAGAAGAGGGUGAUGUCCUUCCUGCCUCUCUCUCUCCCUUAAAUGCAGCUGGUGAUUCCAGAGAGCCGGCGGGCAUCUCUCAACAAGAAGCAGCAGUGGAUUUACCAGAUGCUGUUUACCAGGAGCCUCCUACAGAGCUCACAGUUCAUCACUGUCCUUUCCCUGGUGGGGUGAAGACCAGAAGAGGGUGAUGUCCUUCCUGUCUCCAAGGCCUGCCUCAGAGUGUGCUGGGUGAAGAAGUUCAGUGAUGUUCCACAGUGCCAGAAGUUCUUCCUGGAGGAGACAACUCCAAAUCUCCCAGGUAUUUUGGUUGGUGGGAAAGUCCAGGACCAGAACCGCUACAAGCCGAUCUGCCAGUUGUUCAACAACAUCUACAGGUUUGCAACUCUCUACGACACGACCAACAGGAUCCCUGUGUUCUCAGCCUACACCUUCACUGGUCCUCCUACAGACCCCAGACCAAAUCAACCCUGGAUGAUAGAGCCCCAGCUCAACGGGGUAAACAACAGCCCUGAAAUGAAGAUGAUGGGAGAACACUAUCAACACCAGGCUGGGAACUACGACUAUAAGAACUCAAUACAAAAUAAAGGGGUGAACAGAGGUCACCUCUUCCCAAAUUCACAUGCUCAUGACCUUGAUACUCAGAAGUCCACCUUUACCCUGACCAACAUCGUUCCCCAGGUGGUGUCCUUCAACGAUGGCAGCUGGAAGGAAAUGGAGAGAAAUGUCAGAGAAAAGCUGAUGACGGACUGUUUUAGUAACAACAGGAAGAUAAAGGCCUAUGUGGUGACUGGAGCGGUGCCCAGUAAGAGCAACACAAUGAAGAACGCAUUGAACAACACACUGAAGAACGCACUGAACGACCGAGUGAACAUCCCAGAUCUCAUGUGGACAGCCUACUGCUGUUUGAACAAGAAGAAAAAGUGGAUGGCCGAAGCACACUGGGGGUGGAACAAGAAGGUAAAGAGGAAAACAUUGAAACCAGAAACCUUGGGAGCACUCGAAAAGAUGUUGAACCAAUUUCACCAUGGUGGUCGUGUCCAGGUGUUCCCCAAGGAUUGUCCAAGAGGUCCUAAACCGACCAUUACCUCUAACCCACCCAGUUGGAAGAAUUCUCUUCAAAUCAUUUCUUCCACAGUCAGGAAUCUUUACAAUUCCAUGAUGAAUAGAAUUGGAUGAUCAAGGUACAGAUGCUCAGACUAUAUCAACAAACUAUCAACUAAACUCUGUUGAAAUGAUGUUGAUAUGCAACCACUUGUUACGGUUAGAGUAAUGAUUAUAGUGGUUAUAGGGGGUAAUACGGGUAAUAGGGGUUAUAAGGGUUAUAGUGGUAAUAAGGGUUAUAGUGGUAAUAAGGGUUAUAGGGGUU